GCAGAGACAGAGAGUGAGAGAGCUGUAGAGAAGAUUUUGCCUUAAAAAAAAAAAAAACAACCCCGCUUUCAAUUUUCGCAUCAAAAUUUUUUUUGAACCGCGCCUUCCUUAUUGGAUCCCGCCCUAUUCCCUUCCCCUUUCCCUUCCCACUCAUCAAUCCCUAAAUUACACUCUGCUUACUGUCCAAACUCACUCUCUGCUGUUUCUAGGGUUUUAAUACUCUGUUCUUUAGUUUCUUUCUCUGUUUGAUUUAUUCGCUUCCAUGGCCGGCGAAACCCUAGAGGAGAAGAAAUCUGAGGAGGAAGCUCAUGUCGAUGAAAAGGAGGAGGCCGGACAUGAAGACGAAAAGGACCAACCUGAGGAUACUCAGAUGAAAGAUGAGGAAGUUAAUUCUGAAGCUCAGGGAAAUGAAGCUUCGGGAGAGAAACAAGUUGAAGAGGUAGAAAAAGAGGAGGAGAAAGGUGAGGAACCUAAGGAGGAGAAGGAAAAGGAUGAACACGAGGAGGAGCAGAAGCAGGAAGAAGAAGGUACCAGGAAAGCUAAGCGAGGUGGCCGAAGGGCCUCUGGGAAGAAAGAGCAGAAUGACUCAAAGAAGCCCAGUCAGGAAUCUGCUGAGAAGAAACAGAGUAAACAGUCAAUACAGAAGAAAGAAAAAGAGCCUGUGACUCCUAGCAGUGAGAGACCUACCAGGGAGAGGAAGACUGUGGAAAGGUACUCCGCACCUGAGCCUGGGCGAUCAGCAAGCAAGCCUUUGACCAUUGAGAAGGGACGUGGAACACAGCUCAAGGAUAUUCCAAAUGUGGCUUUCAAGUUGUCCAAGAGAAAACCUGAUGACAAUCUGCAGACGCUUCACUCGAUACUUUUUGGAAAGAAAGCAAAGGCACACAAUUUGAAGAAAAACAUAGGCCAGUUUUCGGGAUACAUAUGGGCUGAGAAUGAGGAAAAACAGAAAGCAAAAGUAAGAGAGAAGCUUGACAAGUGUGUUAAAGAAAAGUUGGUGGAUUUUUGUGAUGUGCUCAAUAUCCCAAUAAGUAAGGCUCUCGUGAAAAAGGAGGAACUCACUGUUAAAUUAUUGGAGUUCUUGGAAUCACCACAUGCUACUAGUGAUGUUUUGCUUGCUGAUAAGGAACAGAAAGGUAAGAAGCGUAAGGUCACAACAGGGAAAAAUGCAAGCCCUGGAGAAGCAUCAGCUACACCAGCCAAGAAACAAAGGCGAACAUCCCAAGGUGGAGAAAAACUGAAGCAAUCAUCAAAAGAUGAUGAAGAUGAGGAUGAAGAUAAAGUAGAAUCAACAGAUGCUAAGGAUGCUAAAGAUGACUCUCUAGAUGAUGUUGAUGAAAACGAGGCAGUGCCAAAAGAAGAGAGUGAUCAUGAAGAGAGCAAAUCAGAGGAAGAGGAAGAGGAACCAAAGGAGAAGAUGUCAAUUCCAAAGACAUCCCAAAAAAAUGUGAAGGAAAGUUCAGGGGCUAAAAGCAAGGAAAAACUCACACCUGGCAAGAAGAGCACCCAGGCCAAACCUGUAAAAAGUCCUGCAAAAUCUAACAAAAAAUCUUCCAGCUUAUCGUCAAAGCGAGGUGCUACAGACACUGAUGGAAAUUCCAGUUCACAUUCUAAAUCAAAGGGAUCUACAUCUAAGAAACAGAAAGUUGAGAAGGAAAGUCCAACAGAACGAAGCGCUUCCAGCAAGAAACAAUCAGGCAAGUUGUCAUCACAGGCUUCUGCAAGGGAUCAAGGGAAAGCCAAAUCUGGCAGGAAGGCUAAGGCGGAACCCAGUAGAGAGGAUAUGCAUGCGGUUGUAGUUGAUAUUCUGAAGGAAGUAGAUUUCAAUACUGCGACUUUAUCAGAUAUUCUCAGACAACUUGGUACCCACUUCGGUGUAGAUCUUAUGCAUAGAAAAGCAGAAGUAAAAGAUAUUAUUACAGAGGUGAUAAACAAUAUGUCUGAUGAGGAAGAAGAGGAGGAAGCCGAGGAUGAUACUGAGGCUGGUGCUGAUGCAGACAAGGAUGGGGAUGAUGAUGCUUAGUUUGUUUCAAUGUGUUGAGCAACUCGAGCAUUGUGGAACGGGAGAUGCGCAAUGUGCUCUUCAUGGGACGUUUCUCUGGAGCUGUUUUCGACAGCAGUUGUUGAUGACAAACCUUUCAUUGCAAUAUGGAACACUUGACUUUUCCUUAUGAAAAUGCCCUGCAGUAUUUGUACCAUAUGCAUUAGGAACUUUUCUUUUCAGUGUACAAGUAGUGUUGAGCUGACCUUAGUUUUUAGUUGUUUGUCCUAGCUUACUUUUCCUCUCCAAGAUAUCUUCAUCUUCUCAUUAAAUUUGUCUGUAUUUAUUGAUGGUUCCUCUGCAAAUGAGCAACGAAUGAUUAUUUAAUUAAAUGGCAACUGCCUAAUGUUGAUUUGCUGUA